AUGCAGCAUAUUGAUGCUUUUCUCCCGAUAACAGCGUUGAAGGCGUUUGUAUUGGGUGAUAGACGAUUCAUCUUUCAAAGUCAAGGCACAUUCUUCCGGCUGGUUGAUGAAAUCACCGGUAUUGUCACUGCUCAAAUCCAAAUAUUCAAAAGGAACAAUAUUCAUGGUUUCAUUCCUUUGAAUCAACGACCACAGGAUCAAGAUUCGAACCAUGUCCAAAUAGUCGUCUGGGGUGGUCGCUCAGUCCGAGCGGUUGACCUCGUUUUGAUCUCUGAUCAUGAAGUCACGUUGUCGGCCUCUAGUGCCGAGUUCAUUGCUCCAGAUUGGAUCAUGAGUGGGUGCGCAGCUGUUACAGGUGGCCAUCACGGGGCUUUUUUUAUCACCGCGAACAAUGCCCUCCUGAGUCUCGAAGUGCUCGACAGCGGGAUGCCUGGGCGAAAUACAAUAUCCAUAUAUCAACUGGCGACAAGUGUGAAGUCCAUCCUUUACUCCGCCGAUGUGAUUGCACUGUCUUCCUCCCACGUUCUCAUUGCAGCUGGUACGGUCUUCGGAGAAAUCAUUGUGUGGUCGUGUUUCUUGAAUAAAAAUGGAUUACACAAAGCUAAUGCAGUUGGCUCUAUCCACCAUUUCUUCACGGGGCAUGACGGAUCAAUAUUCGGUGUCCGCAUUUCUCCUCAGAUCCCGUCCUUGAAUGGAGGCAAGUCUGGCAGGAUACUUGCCAGCUGCAGUGAUGAUAGAACUGUGAGAAUCUGGGAUAUAUCAGAUUGUGACCACAAGACAGCCCAAGAUCCUUCCGCAUACUCCACAGACGGGUUUGAAUUGCGAAGCACAGGUUUUGGUCCUGUUGAGGCAGGCGAGGAGAGCGUUGGAUCUGAAUCAUGUGUGGUCCAGGCCUUUGCUCACGCGGCUCGUAUUUGGGGUGUUUAUUUCAGGGCCAUCAAACAUAAUAACCAAACCCAUAUGGGGUUGGUUUCUCGUGGAGAGGAUUGCACAUGCGUUUUGUGGGACCUAAGCUGGCACUCAUCAUCCGCUGGGACGAAUGAUUAUCGGCUCAGCCAGACUACUUCAAUACAAACACAUAUUGGAAAGCACAUUUGGUCUCUAGAUCUUUGCAGAAUUGGCUCUGAGACUGUGGUUUAUACCGGAGGUGCCGAUGGUGCACUGAAAAGCUUCCCCAUCAAAGAAAAUGACGAUGAACACCUGGGCAAUGGCUCUGGUGCUUCUUCCCAGCAAUUAUCUAGCUCGCAAGUAAAGGCGAAGAACAAGCAUCCCACAGCCGAUGGAGCGAAAGCCUUCGCAUUUGCCGCCCAAGACUGCCUUCUUCGCACCUCUACGCAAGGUCAGAUCCAACUUGGAUAUCUUACCCAAGCGGAGGAGACUGCCAUUACUUGGGAGACACUAUGCGAAGCACCUGACCUUGCUUCUUUUGGCGUCAUUGCUGCUUUACCCCAGAUGGGUCUAGCAUUGAUUGGUAAUUUCCGAGGAUUCAUUCGGCUCUAUAAUCACGCUACAAAAUCCGUCAUCAGCAUCACGGACGUUUGUAACAGACCCCUUGGAAUCUUCUUCCUUCAGACUCACUCUUCCAAGAUGGAUAUGUCGAAUUCUUCUAAAAACAUCGCAUUCCUUGUCUUUUAUCCUACCGGGGAAGAAAUAACAGUUGUCAACGUCUCAGACUGGAACAGCGAUCAUCCAAAUGCCGAAAUAACCACCUAUACCCUACCAUCCUCAUUUGUGGUUUGCAGUGCAUCUUUCAUCUUCGAUGGCCAAUAUUUGAUUAUAGGAUCAAAGUUCGGCGCCCUUGCAAUAUACAACAGCUCCGAGGCCGAGCCCGUGUUGGUCAACCGUCGAGUUCAUGGCCGGGAGUUUGUCAAUCACAUUAGCGUUGUGACAUCUGUUACUACGAGCGAUACCACAAAAUCAGACUUCGUCUUGACCUGUGGGCGAGAUGGAACUUAUUGUCUCCAUGAAUUGCAGCUUUCCGGGAAUGGAAAAGAUGUAACGAUGGAGACAGUGCACCGUACAGCAUCUAUAACCGGUGGGAACAUCGAAGGCGCCUACUUCGAUAAAACAACUGGCGAUUUCAUGUUGUAUGGAUUCAGAUCUCAAGAUUUCGUCCUGCGCAAUGAGUCAAAGCUGACGGAUAUCGUAUCCAUUGCUUCGGGUGGCUUUCGCCGAGGCUGGGACUUUAUGCCAGGAGACAAAAAAAACAAUGCGCUGUUCACGUGGAAGGACGGAACUUCUUUGAUGACUACUCGUGUACGAGCUGGUGCUAGUACUUUGCUUCGAGCCGGAGGUCACGGGCGGGAAAUCAAAGCGGUGGAUGUUUUCAACCCCAUUGAUGGAGAUCGGCCUCUUUUUGCGACUGGUGCAGAGGACACUACUGUUCGUAUUUUCACGCCGACUUCCUCAUUGGCUGCUAGUCCAUGGGGUAGCUUUGAGUGUCUGCGCGUCUUGGAUACACACAAGUCUGGCAUCCAGCAGGUGACUUGGUCCAAGGAUGGGAGAUACCUAUUCACUAGUGCUGCAUACGAGGAGUUUUUCGUGUGGAAAGUUCGCACCAUUCCUAUAUUCGGGGUUUCCACGAAAUUGGUGGCUGCGAGUCCGAAGGACGACCCGAAUUCAGAUCUCCGGAUACCUAGUUUCGAUUUGCUGGAAGUAGAGGAUGUUGACGGGGAGCAGGGUUUCCUCCUGUGCCUUGCUCUUUCCAACUCCAUUUUUAAGAUAUUCCACUUCUCCCCAUCUAAUGGGGGCCAAUUCACUCUCCUGGCUCGUGGGAAAUACAUGACCAACUGUUUGACACAAGCCCACUUCUUGGUCACGAGCUCUUCUGUGAGCCUUAUCACCGCUGCGACUGAUGGCUACUUCACACUGUGGGAUCUAACAAGCACACUUGAACCAUUUUACACUAUCACACAAUCCACUUUGAAGGCCAAGCACCCCUUCGAAGGCUCUUCCAUCUCACCAGAAAAUAUCACAUGCGAAAGUCGGUAUCAGAUUCAUUCCAACAGUAUCAAGGGGAUGGAGCUGGUUCCUAUCUCUGACACGGCCACUGUUAUUGUGGCUGGAGGUGAUGAUAACUCUCUCUCCGUGUCUCUCCUACGAACAAAUCCAUCAAACACCGGCACGAAUGCACAGGUAGCUACGGUUUCUAUCCCAGAUGCUCACGCUGCGGCAGUUACCACAGUCAAAGUUCUCAAUCAGCAAAUUUCUCGUGAUGUUACAUCAAAUACAGACACCAUUAAAAUCACUGUGGCAUCUUCUGGCAACGAUCACCGAGUCAAGAUAUGGUCAAUCGCCGUGGACCCUACACAACCUGACACGAAGGGGAUUAUCGUAGGAUUCUUACUGGAUACAUACAGCUCUGUGGCUGAUAUAUCAUCAAUGGGACUUGUCCAUGGGCCUAGGAAUGGCCUUCCCACAAAAAACUAUUCGUCUGGUCAGUCGCGAUUGGUUAUCUGCGGUGUGGGCCUGGAGAUGUUUGCUGCCGAAUCGGAUCGAGUCCUAUCUGCAUGA